AUGGCCGACUCUAUGCCUUCGCCCUCGGAUGUGUACGAGCAAAAGGUCGCUGCGGGUGACUUGCGCGGCGACGAUUUCCAGCGCAGGAUUGCCAAACUGCUCGAUGACCUGCAUGAACAGCUCAAAACGUAUGAGCAGCCUUCUGUUCCUGCGCCAGAAGACGGCAUCCUGGGCCCGCCACCGCCCAGUGCCAUGUCACGUUUCUUCAUGUCGUUGUUACCCUUGCCCGAUCAGAAUGCUAAGAUCAUGGAGCAGUCGGCGCAAAACAAUCCAUCCGGUCUGUUUGGCACGCUGGCAAGUGCCUUCUCCAAGAAAGCCACCACGCCCACAGAAGCGGUACGUCCCGCUGGCGCACCCGAAGGCUUGUAUUUGCAUGGCGAUGUCGGUACCGGGAAGAGUAUGCUAAUGGACCUAUUUUACCAAACAUUGCCGCCGAAUGUGACACGAAAGCGCCGCGUGCAUUUCCAUCAGUUUAUGAUCGACGUGCACAAGCGCUCGCACUACUACAAGUCCAAGUACCACCGCGCCUCCGGUAUUGUUGGCCAGGCUGUGCUGUCGCAUGCGUCGGCGGCGGCGGCCGCCGCAGCGUCGCCUGCGCAGGCUGAGGAGUCGCAGCAUGAGGGUGGCGAGAUUGAUCCCAUUGAGCCUGUCGCCCGUGAAAUUGCGCAAGAGACGCAAGUGCUCUGCUUUGACGAGUUCCAGGUCGUGGACAUUGUGGAUGCCAUGAUUCUGCGUCGUCUCCUGGAGACACUCUUGCGGUACGGUGUGGUGACAGUCAUGACAUCGAACCGACCGCCCUCCGAGCUGUACAAGAACGGUAUUCAGCGCAGCAGUUUCCUGCCAUGCAUUCACCUUCUUGAGACACAGUACCACGUCACGGAUCUGAACUCUGGCACGGACUACCGCAAGCUGCCGAAAGCGACGUACCGGUCGUACUUUGAGACCGGCAAGUCGCAGGACAUGGCCGAGUACGAGCAGGAAUGGGAGGCCCUUACUGAUGACGAGCCUGUGAUGGAAGAGCGCUCGUUGAGCGUGUGGGGCCACCAAUUGGUCGUCCCUCUGAGCACGUCCAACACGGCACGGUUCUCGUUCCAGGAUCUGUGCGGGCGUCCACGCAGUGCGGCUGACUACAUUGCGCUGUGCAACGAAUUCAACACGAUCUUUAUUGACGAAAUUCCGCUGAUGAACAUUGACAUGCGUGACUUGGCACGUCGUUUCAUUACGUUUGUGGAUGCUGCGUACGAGAGCAAGACGCGUUUGUUCUGCUCGUCGGAUGUGCCGAUUAUGCAAGUGUUUAGUGGGAAAGGCGCUAUGGACAACACGACCUCUGAUCAGAUGCGUGCGUUGAUGGACGACCUGAAAAUGACGAUGGACGACAUCGGAGGCUCGUCGAUCUUCAGUGGUGACGAGGAACUGUUUGCGUUCGCGCGUCUUCUCUCGCGUCUCACAGAAAUGGGUACCAAGUCGUAUGCAGAGGCUGCUAUGCUGCUCAAGUCGUAG